CCUGAUCUUUAGCGUCAGAGGCGGUGGAGGCUGAGGCUAUGAUGGCGGCGGCGGACUCUCCUGUGCGGAUGGGGACACAGUGGGCCGCAGCAUUCUGGCUGCUGGUGGCAGCGGUGGUAGUGGCGGAGCAGCAGGUACCGCUGGUGCUGUGGUCGAGUGACAGGGACUUGUGGGCUCCUGCGGCCGACACUCACGAGGGCCACAUCACCAGCGACUUGCAGCUGUCUACCUACUUAGACCCCGCCCUGGAGCUGGGCCCCCGGAAUGUGCUGCUGUUCCUGCAGGACAAGCUGAGCAUUGAGGAUUUCACGGCAUAUGGUGGUGUAUUUGGAAACAAGCAAGACAGCGCCUUUUCUAAUCUGGAGAAUGCCCUGGACCUGGCCCCCUCUUCACUGGUGCUUCCUGCUGUCGACUGGUAUGCAGUCAGCACUCUGACCACUUACCUGCAGGAGAAGCUCGGGGCCAGCCCCUUGCAUGUGGACCUGGCCACCUUGCAGGAGCUGAAACUCAAUGCCAGCCUCCCUGCCCUGCUGCUCAUCCGCCUGCCCUACACAGCCAGCUCCGGCCUCAUGGCACCCAGGGAAGUCCUCACAGGCAACGAUGAGGUCAUCGGGCAGGUGCUGAGCACACUCAAGUCUGAAGAUGUCCCAUAUACGGCGGCCCUCACAGCAAUCCGCCCUUCCAGGGUGGCCCGUGAUGUAGCCAUGGUGGCUGGGGGGAUAGGUCGCCAGCUGCUACAAAAACAGCCUGCAUCAUCUGUGACCCAUCCCCCUGUGAGUUAUAAUGACACCAUCCCCCGGAUCCUGUUCUGGGCCCAAAACUUCUCUGUAGCAUACAACGGCCAGUGGAAAGACCUGACCUCCCUCACCUUUGGGGUGCAGGAGCUCAACCUGACUGGCUCCUUCUGGAAUGACUCCAUUGCCAGGCUCUCGCUGACCUACGAACAACUCUUUGGUACUACAGUGACAUUCAAGUUCAUUCUGGCCAACCGCUUCUACCCAGUGUCUGCCCGGCAGUGGUUUACCAUGGAGCGCCUCGAAAUCCAUGGCAAUGGCUCUGUUGCCUACUUCAAUGCUUCCCAGGUCACAGGGCCCAGCAUCUACUCCUUCCACUGCGAGUAUGUCAGCAGUGAAAGCAAGAAAGGCAGUCUCCUUGUGCCCCGCACACAGCCCUCACUCUGGAUGCUGACUCUUCAGGACUUCCAGAUCCAGGCUUUCAACGUGAUGGGUGAGCAGUUUUCCUAUGCCAGUGACUGUGCCGGUUUCUUCUCCCCGGGCAUCUGGAUGGGGCUGCUCACCUCCCUGUUCAUGCUCUUCAUCUUCACCUAUGGCCUGCACAUGAUCCUCAGCCUCAAGACCAUGGAUCGCUUUGAUGACCACAAGGGCCCCACGAUCUCUUUGACCCAGAUUGUGUGACCCUGUGCAAGUUGGGGGAGGGACGAGAUAGACGGCAUGAUGGUGUCCAGGUUGUCACUUUCCCACCUUGUGGCACACUGGACGGAAGGGCUUCCCGAACUCUUUCUACCAUAGCAUGAACCCCAGGCUUCCCUCAGCCAGUCUUGCUCCCUCUUCAACCUACUGAGGGGCUUCCCUGGGGCUGCCUCCAUCCCUACCAACAAGGUGUACAUAUUCUGCAUAGAUAUUAGACACAUCUCCCAGGCUCAGUCAUUGUAGGGGUGGGGAACAUUAGUUCUCCAGUCCCAUUUCUCCUCCCCUUUUUUCCUUAUUUAUUCUUGUCUCUCUACCAUUAUCUCUUGCUGUUUAUAGUGCUUUUGUGUAGCAAAUGCCCCUUCCCUAAGGUUUAUGAGGCUCCUUGCAGCAGCCAUGAGCUUGAGGUUCCCUGAGUUUAGUGGGUGUGGAAAUUAGAUUCUGUCCUGGUUGGCUGUCGUUAUUGAUUUUGUGAUGUUGUGCUAACAGUAAGCAGUAUGCUGGGGUUUGUCUAUGUGGCCUGAGAAGGAAGAGACCACCACGACAGGUGGGCUGGGUGUGAUCACUGGGUUUCUGGCAUGUUAGCAGAAGCCUGGGGUAAUUGGUUGUUUCCUUCCUAAUAAAGACGGAUCGCAAUCUG